AACACCCCAGAGAUGAGAUCGAAGAACAAGGGAUCUCCCGAAAUAAUAUCUAUAUUUUAGAUCUCUGUCUUUAAAGAAAAUGUAUUUGGUAGAUAAUUGUACCUCAGAAAGACGCUUAAGAUUCUGAUGCAGAAUACAUUUAAUUAAGAUUAAUGAAAAAUAGGGAAGGAAUGUGUGCGGUUGCAAUUUAAUCGUUUUAUGUGUAACGUUAGGUGUGACCGCGCACAUUAACGCACUGCAAACGUGCUAAAAUACACAGUUCUAGGUUUAGAUUUUUACAGACAACAAGAUGAGCAGUGGCAGUGUAAGUAACCAGCCUAAGGGAUCUAUUGUGUUUCGUAAAAUUAAUCAUUUGACAAUUACAUGUUUCUUGUAGCCUAUGUAUUCAAUCACCCACAGUUUAAAUAUGAUCAAUGAUGUCGUUUUAAAAUGCAGUUCGUGAUAUUCUUUGAUUUAUAUUUCCUUUGAAUUCAUAACCAUGCAUCUAAAUGUCAGCGGAUGUAUUUUUUGUGCACCAUAUAUUAGGAUGCUUGUCAAAGAUGCUGAGGUGUUGCUAGGUGAUAAGGGGUAUUUUAUUUUCUAUGCACCCUAUGAGGUCCUUGCUUUCAGAUGAGCAACAUUUGCCAAAAUAUGACAUUCACAAAGUGUGUGUGUGUGUGGCAGAAGCGAGAGAGAGAACAGAGGAAAAAACUGCAGCACUUUCUGACAGACCUGGCCUUAUUGGGAUCAUUGCAGGUUAGUUCUUAUAGUUCUAGAACCAGAUAAAUGAUAGUUACAGAAUAUCUAAAUAAUAAUAAUUUGAAAGGUCAGAAAACAUACACUACCGUUCAAAAGUUUGGGGUCACUUAGAAAUGUCCUUGUUUUCGAAAGAAAAGCAAUUUUUUUGUCCAUAAAAAGAACAUCAAAUUGAUCAGAAAUACAGUGUAGACAUUGUUAAUGUUGUAAAUGGCUAUUGUAGCUGGAAACUGCUGAUUUUUUAUGGAAUAUGUACAUAGGCGUACAGAGGCCCAUUAUCAGCAACCAUCAGUCCUGUGUUCCAAUGGCACGUUGUGUUUGCUAAUCCAAGUUUAUCAUUUUGAAAGGCUAAUUGAUCAUUAGGAAACCCUUUUGCAAUUAUGUUAGCACAGCUGAAAACUGUUGUGCGGAUUAAAGAAGCAAUAAAACUGGCCUUGACUAGUUGUGUAUCUGGAGCAUCAGCCAUUGUGGGUUCGAUUACAGGCUCAAAAUGGCCAGAAACAAAGAACUUACUUCUGAAACUUUUCAGUCUAUUCUUGUUCUGAGAAAUGAAGGCUAUUCCAUGCGAGAAAUUGCCAGUAAACUGAAGAUCUGAACGCUGUGUACUAAUCCCUUCACAGAACAGCGCAAACUGUCUCUAACCAGAAUAGAAAGAGGAGUGGGAGGCCCCGGUGCACAACUGAGCAAGAGGACAAAUACAUUAGUGUCUAGUUUGAGAAACAGGCGCCUCACAGGUCCUCAACUGGCAGCUUCAUUAAAUAGUAACUGCAAAACACCAGUCUCAACAUCAACAGUGAAGAGGCGACUCCGAGAUGCUAGGCAGAGUUCCAAAGAAAAAGCCAUAUCUCAGACUGCCCAUCUUAAUAUUUUCUUUUUAUUGGCCAGUCUGAGAUAUGGCUUUUUCUUUGCAACUCUGCCUAGAACUCCUCUUUCUAUUCUGGUUAGAGCCAGUUUGCGCUGUUCUGUGAAGGGAGUAGUACACAGCGUUGUAUGAGAUCUUCAGUUUCUUGGCAAUUUCUCGCAUGGAAUAGCCUUAAUUUCUCAGAACAAGAAUAGACUGACGAGUUUCAGAAGAAGGUUAUUUGUUUCUGGCCAUUUUGAGCCUGUAAUCCACAAUUGUUGAUGCUCCAGAUACUCAACUAGUCUCAAGAAGGCCAGUUUUAUUGCUUCUUUAAUCAGCACAGCAGUUUUCAGCUGUGCUAACAUAAUUGCAAAAGGGUUUUCUAAUGAUCAAUUAGCCUUUUAAAAUGAUAAACUUGGAUUAGCAAACACAACAUGCCAUUGUUACACAGGACUGAUGGUUGCUGAUAAUGGGCCUCUGUACGCCUAUGUAGAUAUUCCAUUAAAAAUCAGCCGUUUCCAGCUACAAUAGCCAUUUACAACAUUAACAAUGUCUACAUUGUAUUUCUGAUCAAUUUGAUGUUAUUUUAAUUGACCAAAAAAUUGCUUUUCUUUGGAAAACAAGAACAUUUCUUUGUGACCCCAAACUUUUGAACGGUAGUGUAUAUUAUCAUCAGGAUAAUUUAUUGUCUCUCAAUGUAGGGUUUCCGGUACUUUCAACCUUGGCUGAGGGGGAGAGAGGAGCUACUCCUGACUGUAGUCAAUGAAGACCUGGUUAGUGUUUAACUAACUCCACUAACUGCAGCUAUCUUGUUUUCUCAAACAUCCAGAAAUCGAUGACGAGCCAUUCCUUUAAGUCUAUAUUAUGGUUCUUCUUUUAUUCCAGGACAGUAAGGAGAAAACGUUUUAAAACAGAGUGAAACACAGAAAUUCUACUUUAACUUGACCAAUUAGAACCCUGAUUUUCAUUCCCUCUUCCAAAACCUUUUGCUACUGUGUGCCCUACUGAACACGACCCUGGUCUCCCCCUUCAGGGUUGGCGUUCCCCUCGGUUCAUGGUGUCGGCAGCCUCCUCCUUCAGUAGCAGUUCCUCAUCCAGCAGCACCAGUAGCACCUACAGCCUGGCUAGUGACACCAGCUCCCCCCUGCCUGGGGACCACCAGGGGCCUCAUCAAGGCCCUCAGGGGCCACAAAGCAUGCCAAGGAAGCAGCAGCACUCAUCACAGGGGCCCCACCACCAUGCCCACAAGUGAGGCGUCAUGCAAGUAUAAACGUACACACACAAAUUCACACAUAUGCACAUUUGAAACACACACAACAUGCAUGGAUUCAUGCCCACAUGCACUCACACAGAAUAAUUUAUCUAUCUUUUUCCACAGGGGCAGCAGUGAGGCCCAUCUCCUACCAGCCUCCCCCAGUGAAAGAGAGAUUGCAGUGCCUGUGAGUAUAGUCAUCAUUGCGUUCCAUUCACUUUGAAUUGUUAAUAAAUCUGUUUUUAUUCUGAUUCUCGCUCAUCUCUUCAGGAAGUGAAUUGCACUCUUUUCCUAUUGGCUGGCUACGCCAAGUAUGGUCGCCCGUACGCCUGGAUAAGGUCCAAUCACGAGCGCCUGGUCAACAUCGGAGGCACUGAUUCAAUGGUCAAGGACACACCCAUGAAACUCAAGGCCAUCACGGACUGGGGAUCACAAGGUUUAGAACGUUUAUAUUUAUGUUCUUCUAGUUUGCACACCACCAUGACAAUAAUCCAUCUGAAACAUUGCAUCACGUACUUGGCUGAUCAGCUAUCCUCCUUCUCCUCUUUGGUCCUUUUUCCUAUAGGAAUACGGGUAUGGGAUGUAGUGAGUGAGCUGGUGUGCCUGUGCACUGUUCCAUCUCCCUCCAACCCCUUUGCCCUGGACAUGCGCUACCUGAAAAACCUUCCUCUCCCAGAGCGCUUCCUGGUCUCUGGGGCUCUGCUUAACUUCCUGGAAACCUACGCUGUCUAUGGCAACCGGGAUGAGCUGCACUACGACAAAGGUAAGUCAAAAUUAAAUAAAACUUCCUGGAAAUGUAUCUGAGAUACGUACACUACCGUUCAAAAAACGGCAAUUUUGCAAUUAUGUUAGCACAGCUGAAAACUGUUGUGCUGAUUAAAGAAGCAAUAAAACUGGCCUUCUUGAGACUAGUUGAGUAUCUGGAGCAUCAGCCAUUGUGGGUUCGAAAUGGCCAGAAACAAAUAACUUUCUUCUGAAAGUCAUCAGUCUAUUCUUGUUCUGAGAAAUGAAGGCUAUUCCAUGCGAGAAAUUGCCAAGAAACUGAAGAUCUCGUACAACACUGUGUACUACUCCCUUCACAGAACAGCGCAAACUGUCUCUAACCAGAAUAGAAAGAGGAGUGGGAGGCCCCGGUGCACAACUGAGCAAGAGGACAAAUACAUUAGAGUGUCUAGUUUGAGAAACAGACGCCUCACAGGUCCUCAACUGGCAGCUUCAUUAAAUAGUACCCGUAAAACACCAGUCUCAACGUCAACAGUGAAGCGGCGACUCCAGGAUGCUGACCUUCUAGGCAGAGUUGCAAAGAAAAAGCCAUAUCUCAGACUGCCCAUCUUAAUAUUUUCUUUUUAUUGGCCAGUCUGAGAUAUGGCUUUUUCUUUGCAACUCUGCCUAGAAGGUCAGCAUUCCGGAGUCGCCUCUUCACUGUUGACGUUGAGACUGGUGUUUUGUGGGUACUAUUUAAUGAAGCUGCCACUGGAACACAGGACUGAUGGUUGCUGAUAAUGGACCUCUGAAUGCCGAUGUAGAUAUUCCAUAAAAAAAUCAGCUGUUUCCAGCUACAAUAGCCAUUUACAACAUUAACAAUGUCUACACUGUAUUUCUGAUCAAUUUGAUGUUAUUUUAAUGGACAAGAAAAUGGCUUUUCUUUCGAAAACAAGGAACUUUUUAAGUGACCCCAAACUUUUGAAUGGUAGUGUAUCUAUCUCUGUACCCAGUAUCAAAUCACCAAGACUAGAAUAGGCCUAUGGUGCUGGGGUUUAGUGAACAUUUUGAAUACAGAAUUUGUUUACAGAAUCAAAACAUCCAAAUAUGAAUGUGUUGACCUGCAAUGCCAAGUGUUUAUAAAUGGCUUAUGAUGCCUGGGCUACAUUUGUAUUUAUUAUCCAACCAAUAAUAUUCAUAAACAUAAUUAUUAUGAUGAUUGUUGCUCUAGUCUAUAGUUGCCAGGUAGCACUGUUGGGCUAUAUAUGUGUGGCAAAUGGCUUUCCUCUCUUAAUCUCUCUCUCUCUCUCUCAGUCGUAGAAGAGGUGAAGUCUCUGAGGCGUCUCCAUGUCCAGACUCUGUCUGAGGUCCAGAGGAGACCGGGCAGAAGCACCAGGCCAGCCACUCCCGCUUCAGGAGAGUCCUCAGAGGAAGAGUGACAAGGGUCAUAUUCCUAAGUGCACAGCACACCGUAGCGAAACGCUUUGCAACGAAUAACAAAAAACGACUGUUUCUCAUAGGACAAGUCCAGGGGUGCUUUCAGUUCGAUAUAACGUUUGCUAUGUUGCGUAACGGUUUGUACUGAAC